AUGUCAAGACGUCAGGUACGUCAGGUUGCGGGUCUAUAUGCGUUGUCCUUAUGUGGUAGGCUCACAGCGACUAGGGUAGUAGGGGCGAUAAGUGUACUCACACGCGGGGCACACCCCUGAGUCGGGGGUGGGGGGUUGUCACAGGCCCGUCAAAGUAGGUUGUAGAGUGAAGGAAGUGUGUAGGUUAAAAAAGUGGGGAGUUAUAAAGAUCCCCAAGUAGAGGUGGCCCCGAGAAGGGGAAAGGAAAGUGUCCACCUCGGUCCUCCUUUGUGGAAAGGAGGAUGUAGCCGUGCGACGGCAAGAGGUGCCCGGGCCCACCCAGGUAACCAGACCGAUGUGUGGGCCUACGGGAAGCUCCGACGUCUUAAGCUAUGCACGGCCUUUGUUAGGGGUUAGCAGCCCCGCCCCAAUCCUUAUUGGGCCGAAAGUGAGAGUGUUGUAACCGAUCAAUAUUAACCAGCUCCCCUCCGCCAGCCCUCCAGCCUGGUGCCGGUAUCAGUACAUGGAAAGCCAAACAUAUAAACAGUAGCAUACAUACAUUUCAACAUUGUAACAUAUGAGCCCAAUCGGCUUGCCCCCUCCACCGCCCCGUCUCCCGCCCUCCCCAAUUUCCCGGACCUGGGUGCGCCUCCUGCAUCCUGGACGUUAGUCAAUGAAAAACAAAUAACGUAUAAGUGACAGCAUCACGGACAUUAGACAUGCAUACAUAAUAUGAGGUUAUUAUUAUGUUUUCCUGCUCCUUUCAUUCCCCCCCUGCCUUUCUCCUCCCCUUUUCCCUUCCCCCCUCCCCUCCUCUCUCACCUGUUCCCGUCUCAUUCCUCUUCCCCCUUUCUUUUCUUACCUUCCCCCCAUCUGUCUUCCCUCCCCCCUCUCUGCUUACCCUUUGUGUGGCAAUUGGGGAAUAUAUUCGAUAAUGUGUCUGCGAAAUAUGGCCCGGGUGUAUCACAUCUAUGUCCCAGUUCUAUCCCCCUCCACAUCUAUCUAUGCUAAAUCCUCCUAUCUGUUUCUGCGGGUGUGUUGUGGCGAGUGCCCCCUACCCCUGGUAUGGCAGCCCAUCGAGUGACUACCCAGUGUAUAAUGUGCUCCACCCACUUAUCUGCUGGUACGUGAUGGAGGAAAAAUAUCACGUGGUGGUGGAGUAUGGCUUAACUAAUGAAUGGUCUGCAAGAUCCAGGGAGGUGUCAUGUAUAAGGCUAUUGAUGCGUCUUAUUCCCUGUGUGUUGGAUACUAUAACCAUUAAUUCUAGGUGUAAAACAUGCAGAUCAGUCGGACCGAGCAUAACCAUUAGCAUGUGCUCAAGGGUAGUGUCCUGUACCGUAAAACCGUGGUGAGCUUCUCCUGAGUUGACAGCGUAAUGCCGGAGAUUCCGUUCCUCGCGUGAUGGAGCUUCGUGCAGUGGUGUAUGUUCAUCCCCCAAAGUACUCAGCUCGUCAUGUCAUCUAGAGCUUGUGUUAUGCCGCCCUCAUCCGUUUGGUACGGCAGCUCCACUCGUUCCGUAUAACAAGUGCCCCCCAGUUUCCCCACCCCAAACCUUAUUCCCGUGUGAUGGUAGGGCAAGCUGUGUUCGAACUCAGUCUCGGCAGGAAAGGGAAAGAGAGAAAAAAAAAAAAAAGAGGGGGGGGUGGGGGGAGAAAAAUAUACAUGUACGUUACAUCUUCGUUAUCAAGCUGUGUAGGUCCCCGGAUCGUCCAGCAGGGUAGCAUAUUCAAGCACGCCGUGUGCCAUGAAAGCUAUGGCAAGUGCAGGUCUCCCAGGUGGGGGUGAGGAUCAGGGAGACGUGCCCGGUGGGGGCGGCGGUACGACCCCUUAUUCUGGCACCUCCUGGUUGUUGCGCCUUUGUUGCGCUGGUCCCUGUGGCGGUCCUCCUCCUCGCCUCCUGGGUGCUCUUUGCGGCUGUGGUCUCCCCCCUAGGGGGCCCAGGAUCCAAUCAGGGACCGAGAUAUGCGGUAGAUCCAUUUCUUCCAGAAAUCUCGGAAUCUCCUCGGGCCAACGAAUGGAGGACCAUCCAUUCUGGUGGCGGGCCAACAAGGCAAAAGGAUAGCCCCAUCUGUAUUGGAUAUUCCUCUCUUGAAGGGCCGCUGUUAUGGGCUUCAGUGCCCUUCUGGCCUCCAAUGUGAUGGGGGAGAGAUCAUUAAAUAGGGAUACCAUUGUGUCCCUAAAAUUCCAAGUAGGCCUGGAUCUGGCCGCUUUCAUGAUGGCGUCUUUGUCACGGAAGGAGCUGAGGCAGCAUAUUAUAUCCCUCGGGUUGUCGUCCGACGACCUGGGGCGUAGUGCUCUGUGUGCCCGCUCAUAGCUGAAUGUGUGUGGGGCAUCCGCUCCCAGGAUCAUGUGAAAGAUGUCAUUGAGGAUGUUUUCAAUAGUUUCCCCGUCUGAUUCAGGGACCCCGCGGACCCUAAUGUUGCAUCUCCUCCCCCUAUUGUCCAAGUCCUCUAUUGUUCUCCUCAUGUGUAGGAGCAUUUCCCCCUGGCGUGCAAGGGCUGUAUCGGUCGCCUGCAGCCUAGUGGCCUGAGUUUCCUGAGAGUGUUCCAGGCUUUGUAUGCGGCCUGUAUGGGCAGUUACUUCUGACCUGAUUCCUGCAAUCUCGGCUCGUAGGGCGUCCUGUAUGGAGGUGGUAUGUACCAAGAGGUCUGCUUUUGUGGCCAUGGCAGCAGCCAUUGAUCUGAUCUCCUCCCCGAUCCCCUCUAGUGUAGCGCCACGAGGUUCUCGGACUGUUCUGCCGACGCCAUAUUGGAUCCGCCGGCCUCCCCGCUCAUGUCGGCUUGGCUGUGGAGGAAACCGUCCAUUCGGCCGUGAGUGUGCCCUAUCUGGGAGCCCCUCGGGGUCUGGGGGGCAUCAGUGCGACGGUGGCGUCCCAUGUGUGCGGAGAGUGGCUGAUUAAUAGGCUAUGGUAGGUGCCGGCGUGUCGGUGCUCACUCUCUAUGCGUCCAUCUCGUUCGGAGCUCAGGCCACACCCCCCUCUGGUAUUUGUUAAGGUGUCUGGCCCCCGAAUGUAGAAAGUAAAAAUAUGUAUUUUCUCCUUCGCUCUGCGCUGCCAUCCUGCCUCCUUGGCUGAGAUCAUCGAGAUUGAUAAUACCAGCAAAUCCAAUGCUUUUCCAUCAGAAUGCAUGGCGAUAAGCUGCACCAAUCAGAUGGUCUCUAUAAGAGUUUGAUAGACAUAGCCACGUUUUAUUCGGCUAUAUCUGUGGAAGUGUCUCUAGAGGUUGUCUGAGUGACCGGUACUAGAGGCAUUUAAACCAUGCAGCAAAAAUGUUACGGUUCCAGCAGAACAGCAAUGUCUUCACUGGCAGGGUUAAAACAAGGUGGACUUGGCACCCAGACCAGACCAUUCAGAUGAAGUGGCCUGAGUAUCUUUUAUUGCCCUUCAGGGUUGCACUGAGAAGUGGAAAUGGAAUAACUUUCUUUCUAUUAGCGUGUUUGUAGAAUAAGGCCUUCAAGUUCCAGGGAGAGGUGGAAAUGAAUUGGCUUUGUUUCUGUUAGCUUGUUUGUGGGAUCCUGGUGACUAGUGACUCCUUCCUGCUUUCCCUCUGCAUGUGGCACAGUUUCCUGUAUUGGAAGAAGCCGCGGCGCUCAGACCACCUCUGAGACCCAGUGACAUUUGUACCCCUUCCUUUGCUAUGACUCUGUCUGAAUGCCCAAUGUUCCAGAUACAUUUUUGCAAAUCCAAACUGGGGACAUUCUCACUUUAAUAAACAACCCGGACACAGUCAGAGUUUUUUCUAACAUGCGUAUUCAAAUUUAAGGCCAGAGUACUCAACUGAAAGCAUAGCUGAUAAUUGUCCCAGUUUAGCUAUUUUGACCUUAAAUGGGACACAAUAAUCACCAGACAAGGUUAAUGUAGUUGUUCUGAUGUCUAUUGCCUGUCCCUGCAGGCAUUUUAAUGUAAACUCUGGCUUUUCAGUUUCAGGAACACCUCUAGUAACAGUCAAGUGGCAGUCACUCAGACGGACACGAGAGGUGCACUGAUGUUGAUCUCAAUGAGGAAAUGCUGACUGGUGCAGCACAUUGUUUUGCUGCACUUGCGCAAUAGCCUCCCAAUGUUUUCCUAUGGGAUGGGAUUGGAUGAGAUUGUCAAUAUUGGUGAUCUCAACCAAGGAGGCGGAAUAGGGGUGGAGUCAGCUGCAAUGGACCUGUGCGGUGCUGGAAUCAAGGUGAGUAAAUUCACCUUUUACAUUUGUUACAGGGGGGCGAAACCUAAAUUGUGUUAUUACAUUUAUAGUGACAGGAGCACUUGCUUGUACUCCUGUCACUAUAGUGUGCCAUUAAAGAAACACUAUAGUGUCGGGAUACAAAUGUAUAUUCCUGUCACUAUAGUUCUAAUAUUGUAAUUAGAUUGGCUGAGAUCAUGAAAUUUUGAUGAUUUCAGUAAUGGAGGCAUUAAACUGUUCUGCCCCAAUCAGCAUCUUCUCAAAUAGAUGCUUUGAAUUAAAGGGACACUAUAGUCACCAGAACAACUACAGCUUAUUGAAUUUGUUCUGGUGAGUAGAAUCAUUACCUUCAGGCUUUUUGCUGUAAACACUGUCUUUUAAGAGAAAAUGCAGUGUUUACAUUACAACCUAGUGAUAACUUCACUGGCCACUCCUCAGAUAGCUGUUAGAGAUCCUUCCUGGAUCAUGGCUGUCUAAAAUGCAUCCAAACAUUCAGUAUCUCCUCCCUCUGCAUGCAGACACUUAAAGGAACACUAUAGUCACCUAAAUUACUUUAGUUAAAUAAAGCAGUUUUAGUGUAUAGAUCAUUCCCCUGCAAUUUCACUGCUCAAUUCACUGUCAUUUAGGAGUUAAAUCACUUUGUUUCUGUUUAUGCAGCCCUAGCCACACCUCCCCUGGCUAUGAUAGACAGAGCCUGCAUGAAAAAAAAAAAAUUGGUUUCACUUUCAAACAGAUGUAAUUUACCUUAAAUAAUUGUAUCUCAAUCUCUAAAUUGAACUUUAAUCACAUACAGGAGGCUCUUGCAGGGUCUAGCAAGCUAUUAACAUAGCAGGGGAUAAGAAAAUCUUAAUUAAACAGAACUUGCAAUAAAGAAAGACUAAAUAGGGCGCUCUCUUUACAGGAAGUGUUUAUGGAAGGCUGUGCAAGUCACAUGUGACUAGGGUUCAUAAACAAAGGGAUUUAACUCCUAAAUGGCAGAGGAUUGAGCAGUGAGGCUGGAGGGGCAUGUUCUAUACACCAAAACUGCUUCAUUAAGCUAAAGUUGUUCAGGUGACUAUAGUGUCCCUUGAACUUUCCUCAUAAAGAUUAAUUGAUUUAAUUCAUCUCUAUGAGGAGAUGUUGAUUGACCAGGGCUGUGUUUGAAUCGUGCUGGCUCUGCCCCUUAGCUGCCUCCUUGUCAGUCUCAGCCAAUCCUAUGGGGAAGCAUUGUGAUUGGAUCAGGCUACCACUUCUGAGGAUGUCAGCAGACUGCUUGUUUUUUUUUUUAGGUAAACAGCAUGCAGAUCUACAGCUUCAGGCUUGAAUACAGUAAGAUUUUGCUAUAUUUAUGGAGACAUGAGGGGCCCAGGGGGGCUAGAUGGUGGUGUUAACACUAUGUUUAUGUUCCUGACCCUAUAGUGAUCCUUUAAGCAUUAGCAUGGAGCCGAUGAACAUAGGUGCUACACGCUGUGCAGCACUGCCCCAGGAAGCACCUCUUGGAGCCAUCUUAGAAGAGGCCACUGGAGGUAUCUGAAAAGGCAGUGUUUACAUGAAAGAGCCCGCAGAGAAAUGCUAGACACCAGAGCUACAUUAAGCUGUAUUUGUUCUGGUGACUAUAGUGUCCCUUUAAUAAUGUGUUAUUAUUAUUAUUAUUAGAAGGUGGCAUUAGUGUGUCAUAUAAGCUUACACUUGUCCGCAUGCUGUAUAUUACCCCUCCCGUGAUGCUUUGCCAGCAGUAUGGCUAUAAGUGCAUUAUGGGAGUUGUAGUCUAUCUGCGCUGGUCCAUCCUCCCAUUUCUAUAAUAAUCAAUGCCAUGGAGGGAGUCUAUCUCUGGACACUGUGUGCCAUGGCUGGAGGGCGGUCCGAUAUAAAAUAAUGUAGAUACCCCUCAGGGAGGCGGAGCAGGCACCGCCCGCAGAAUCAGAUCUUCUAUCCAAACGGUGGGGGAGAUGGAGUACAAACAUGGCUGCGGUGAGCGCGGGCUGGGUGUAACAAGAUGGCGUCCGCCACCCAGCAUGCAGCGCGCGGCCCGGGGAAGGAAGUUAUCCCUUUAAACCCCUCCCCGAGCUAGGCCCCGCCCUCUUUCCCUCCGGCCCUCUGUAGAGGAAGCACGCGUUUCCCAGCUCCCUCACCGGACCCACAUCGAACAGUAACGUAAGUCUCUCCCUCGGUGCCGGCAGAGGGCGGGAAUAGCACAGGCUGGGGUGCGAGACACCGGGGAGCAGAGCUGGCAUGUGGCGGGCCUGGGGGCCAUUGGGCAGCCUUCACACAUGGGCUAUCUGGCCCCCCAUGGCAGCCUUCACACAUGGGCUAUCUGGCCCCCAUGGCAGCCUUCACACAUGGGCUAUCUGGCCCCCAUGGCAGCCUUCACACAUGGGCUAUCUGGCCCCCAUGGCAGCCUUCACACAUGGGCUAUCUGGCCCUCACGGCAGCCUUCACACAUGGGCUAUCUGGCCCCCAUGGCAGCCUUCACACAUGGGCUAUCUGGCCCUCACGGCAGCCUUCACACAUGGGCUAUCUGGCCCUCACAGCAGCCUUCACACAUGGGCUAUCUGGCCCCAUGGCAGCCUUCACACAUGGGGUCAUCUGGCCUCUACAUGGCAGCCUUCUCACACAUGGGCUAUCUGGGCCCCAUGGCAGCCUCUCACACAUGGGCUAUCUGGCCCUAUGGCAGCUCUCACACAUGGGCUAUCUGGGCCCCCUAGUAUGGCAGCCCCUUCUCACACACAUGGGCUAUCUGGCCCCUCACUUCAGCCCUCCCUUCACACAUGGGCUAUCUGGUUCCUCACGGCAGCCUUCACACAUGGGGUCUGGCCCUCACGCAGCCUUCUCACACAUGGGCUAUUCGCCCUUCGCGGGCGUGCUUUCACACAUGGGCCUGCCCCCGCGGGCGGCGUUUUUCGCAUUAAGGGGCUAUUUGCCCCUCGCGGGUAAAGCUCUUCUACACAUGUGGCUAUUCCACCUCGUGCAGCUCUUCACACAUGUGGGCUACUCCGGCCCCAGCGGCAAGCCUUCUUCACAUGGGCUACCUGGCCUCAGCAGCAGCCUUUCACAUGCUGGCUAUUCCGGGCUCCCAGCAGCAGCCUUCACACAUGGGCUAUCUGGCCCCUAUGGCAGCCUUUCACAUGGGUUAUCUGGCCCCUAUGGCAGCCUUCACACAUAUCUACCCUCACGCAGCUCUUUCACAUGGGCUAUCUGGCCCCCCGUGGCGGCUUUCACACAUGGGCUAUCUGGCCCCCCGUGGCGGCUUUCACACAUGGGCUAUCUGGCCCCCCGUGGCGGCUUUCACACAUGGGCUAUCUGGCCCCCCGUGGCGGCUUUCACACAUGGGCUAUCUGGCCCCCCGUGGCGGCUUUCACACAUGGGCUAUCUGGCCCCCCGUGGCGGCUUUCACACAUGGGCUAUCUGGCCCCCCGUGGCGGCUUUCACACAUGGGCUAUCUGGCCCCCCGUGGCAGCCUUCACACAUGGGCUAUCUGGCCCCCAUGGCAGCCUUCACACAUGGGCUAUCUGGCCCCCCGUGGCAGCCUUCACACAUGGGCUAUCUGGCCCCCCGUGGCGGCUUUCACACAUGGGCUAUCUGGCCCCCCGUGGCGGCUUUCACACAUGGGCUAUCAUGAGAUCGGAGCGGGACGCAACUUUGGGGUUAAACUGUGCGGAAACGGUUUAACCCCUGAAGGUAGAAAUGCAUCUGGGGGCCUCCUGGCACCACAACUUAAUUUAGAUAGUAGUUUUGGAGACUGGAGUGUUCAUUUAGUGCUCCAUAGGUAGGGGAGGCGUCUUACAUGGGCUGUCCAUCAGUAUGUGUCCAGGGAAACGUGCUGGAUCUGGUAAUUCUUCCUUCUGCAAUUAUAAAUUAUAACUUUCUCACCAGUUGAGGUCUAUUUGCCAAGCUCUGAAUGGCGCCUGGUUUGAAAACUUUAGACAUAUUCUCAAAUAGAUUAAUAGCUUCAGCCAUAUUUUAAUCUAAUUUUAAAUUUCGUUGGUUAGUUUGUCGAAUCACCCUUAUCACAAAUUACCAAUAUGCAACCACGUUUUUAUUUAUUUAUUUAUUUUUAUUGGAUUAGGUUCCUGUAAUGCAGAACAUUCAGCUGCCGGUUACAAAAUAUGAUCAUUGUGAUUGGCUGCCACAGGAAAGACAUCUAGGGCUGUUACUGGGUAGCAUCAGUGCUGAUGCUUUUAGUAUCAGCUUUGUACGUGUCGUCACCUAGACUGCAAGAUCGUUUGAGCAGGGUCGUAAUUUACCUAUUGUUCCUGUAUCAACUUGUAAUUGUAAUUUAUUGCUAAGUUUUCCCCCUCUGUAAUGUUGUAAAGGGCUGCGGAAUAAGUUGGCGCUAUAUAAGUACCAAUAAUAAUCACUGUGAUGUGCACCAUUUAAAGUGGAGGACCCAUGCUGCUUUAACAGCGAUAGGAAUGCAAUUGCUGUCCUAGCAGAAACUUGCCUGGAGCAUUCAACUCUCAUCACAAAGUUCAUUCUAAUUCUUGUGCCUUUCUUUAUACCCCAUAAGCUCAAUCUCUUGUUUAGGGAGAGUCAGGUGUUUUAAAAGGCAUAUUAACUAGUCCCCUUGCAUCAUCCCAUGGUUAAGUCAAGUGUUUGUGAGCGGUUUGACACUUACCUAGGUCCCCAGCUGCCCCGGGUCCAUCCCUUUUCACGGAUAGUGCCAAAUUGAAAAUUCUUUCAGCAUUACCAAUCACUGCAGCAGUAUUGGGUUGCCACCACUAUAUAGGUAAUGUACCGAAAAACUUUAAAGUAGAAUCUUUUUUACAGUAAGCUUAUAAGGGUGAAAAAUGGUUUACAUCUCUUAAAUGUAACUGUAAAAACUAUUACAACCAGUCAACAAUGUAAGCUUUUGGUAUAAAGAAUACAGAUGUUUGGCUUUCACUCAAUACCUUUUCUUUUUUCUUUUUUUUUAUGCAGUCUAUAGAGGGGACCUUUAAUACCACCACCAUUACAUCUCACAAUGGGAACCGCAAAAUAUUAACCAAUAGACAUCCUCUACUGUUAUAUUGCAGGCAUUGCCCUCAUCUGAACAGUGACUGCUACAAAGUAAAGAAAUCAAUGAUGUUUGGUUUCGGGUUUGAAAAUAAACUAAUACUAUUUCUAGGUCUAAUUUGACUGUAGUGGCACUUUAAAGGACUCCUAGGUUAUAAUUAAAGUAGGGCCACCAGAAUGUUUUUUUUGUUGGAAGUGCCUCUUACAAUGGCUGUAUUAAAGGACCACUAUAGUGCCAGGAAAACAUACUCUUUUUUUUCUGGCACUAUAGUGUCCUGAGGGUGCCCCCACCCUCUGGGUCCCACUCCCGCCCGGCUCUGGGGAGAGAAAAGGGUUAAAACGUACCUUUUUUUCCAGCGCCGGGCGGGGAGCUCUCCUCCCAUUCGGCUGAAUGCGCAUGCACGGCAAGAGCUGCGCGCGCAUUCAACCGGGCUCAUAGGAAAGCAUUCAUAAUGCUUUCCUAUGGACGCUUGCGUCUUCUCACUGAUUUUCACAGUGAGAAUCACGCCAGCGCCUCUAGCAGCUGUCAAUGAGACAGCCACUGGAGGAUGGAUGAACCCAUUUAUAAACAGCAGUUUCUCUGAAACUGCUAUGUUUAUUUUAAAAAAGGGUUAAUCCUAGAGGGACCUGGCACCCAGACCACUUCAUUAAGCUGAAGUGGUCUGGGUGCCUAGAGUGGUCCUUUAAUUACCAUACAUUGUAGUUGGUAUAAAGGUAUUGCUCUCAGCUUUUUAGCAAUCUUACAGUAUGGAGCUUGUGGUGGAUUUAAAGUGUACCCAGUUAUUCUAACCAACAUUCUCUUUCUAGGAUGCGUUACAUAUCUGCAUACCUAUUGGCUGUCCUCGGAGGCAAUGAUAAGCCCUCUGUAAAGGACCUCAAGAAAAUUCUAGACAGUGUUGGCAUUGAGACUGAUGAUCAGCGAGCAGAGAAGGUACAUAUGUUUAAUCCAGUUUUGAGGUCAAUAUAUAUGUAUUUAUAUUUUCAGAGGGAUUAUUGCUGUAUUAUGAAGUAGCCCUUUUGCAGCAUUGUAAUACAUGCUGUUGUGUUUGAUUCUCUGUGGCCACCCUUUUAACAAAUGUUAGUGUUAACUUUUUGAAUUAUAGUUCGGCAGCUGGUGGUUGUCCAGCUGUCAAUGGGUAGCAGUUACUAUCAUAUCUUGGCUGAGUGCCAUUAGAGGUGCCAAAAAAAAAUUCAUGAUACAAACAUAAAUGGUGGUAAUAGCAACAAUGAUCUCUAGACACCCACAUAUUUGGAGCAAGAUGUAGGCAAGGGGAUCAUACUGUUUUUUGGGGGGGUUUUAAUUAAUCUCUAUGUAAAUGGUUACUCCAAGCACCAGGACCACUUCAGUGAUUAGCUGCUUUGUUAGUUGUAGCUCCACCAGAGUUCCUGGCUUGCUAAUGUCAAUACUGUACAACUUUCAAUGAACGGAAAGAAUCAUUAGCUGAUAGUGGUCAACUCUGACUAUUCACAAAACUGGAAGUACAUAACCGGACCACAGUGGGGGUGGGGGCAAACCGUUGCUAAAUGGUUUGCCCCAUUGCUGGAGAACUGCAUCAUGUCACCCCUGGCAUUGUGACCACUACAUUUGCUUCUAUUAGUUAUGAUGAUUGGAGUAACCCUUUAAAUACAUUUAUAGGCUUAUCCUUUAUGCCCCUUCCUGCUAAGUUGAACCGUUUUAGUUUUCUGCUCAAGCAUUAAAAUGCUGUACAUUGUGUAAUGUGUUCAGUUUCUGGAUAUUUCCUAAAAUAGAGAUGCUGUGACUAGAGCUCAGUUUGGUAUAUUUUUUUUUUUUUUUUUAGAUCAACUAGUUUAAGUUUCUCAAUAUUUUCGAAAAAUAUAGUUUUUGGAGUGAUUACUCCAAACCUGAUGGGCUUAAAAAUAAAUAAAUAUUUAAGACAUUAAGAUGUAGUGUCAUUGGUCCUUCGUGCCCCUACAAAGGGAAAGCCUAAGCACCAAAACCACUUCAUCUUAAUUAAGUUAUUUUAGGGCAUCUGCUAUCCUUGCAUAUGAACGGUAUGCUCCUUUUGGGAUGUCCAUGCUUACUGGUUAACAGCCACCUGGUGCUCUGUACUAAAACAGAUUCAGUAAUAAAAUCUAUUCUACAUCCAGGUCCGCAUGCAAAUUAUGCUGAUGACAAAUUUGCUGUGCGUCCAGUGCUUCUCUUUGAAAAGCAUUGGAUAAGCGGAUCGCUAAGAUUGCUGCACAUACGCAAUGUGUCCUCAAUGCUUCUUUGUGAGACGCAGAUAUUGAAAUAUUUACAUAAUGCAUUAUAGAAUUGUGUUGCUGCUGGAAUUUACACAAAUGUGAGAAUAGUCUUUUUUGUUAGAGGUCAGUCUGAGCUCAGUAACUAUUACAGUUCAUUAUAGUGGUUAAGUUGCCAAUGGGCUGUUGGCAUCAUCCCUGGUUCUGUGGCAAAACAACUUUUAUGUGGUUUGACAGAGUAAGUUUCAUUGAGUGAACCUGGAUUCUAUCACCUUAUUAAUACCAACUUCAACCAUAUUUGAAUGGCAGCUAAACACGGAAUAUACUUAAAUGCAGAUUAAAAUGUUUGAUUUAAUGUUUGUUCAUUGUGUAUGAUUGCACUUUUGUAAGUUGCAAAAUGAAUGUUUCUGUAGGGCAGGGUAGGUAAACUAUCAGAGGUUGUGGGCCACAUUUCCCAUAAUGCUCUUAGUCAUAUACUAGCAAAGCAUUAGGUGAGAUGUAGUCCACAAAAUCUAGGGUGCCAAAGCCCCUACAGUAAGGUAUGCAUUAUAUGACCGGGAAAACUAGCUCAAUCCUUCAGUCUUCAUAAUUAAUAUAUUUUGCAAUAUGUUAACCUAUUGCCAAUAUCAGAGUGUCUUUUUCCCCCUGACCUUUCUAUUUAUGUAUUAAACUUUCUUUUGUGACUUUCUGUAUUUGUAGGUUGUCGGUGAACUGAAUGGCAAAAGCAUUGAGGAGGUGAUCGCUCAGGGUAAGAAUGCUUACAGUAAAGACUUGUAUUAAGAUUAUAACUCAUUUGUCAGGUGCACAAAUAGUUGGGCUGAUCUACUUUUUACCUUUUAUCGUUAUUGGGUAAGUUUUAAAAUGUAGAAGAACUUGCCCUCACUGCAGGGGAAAAAAACACUUCUAAACACCUCAGUCCAAACUGUUUAUUUAUAUUGACUGUGGAAAUAUUGUAUAACAUCCUUUGUGUGAAAAGUCCAUCCUAAUACCCACUGGUUUGUUGAUGUACCUGCUGGGUUUCGCUUGUGGACCACAUUAAUUGGAGAAGUGUCAACUCGUUUGUGGUUUUGUUUAAAUAACCAAAACUUUUAUGCAGACUUCUCUGAACAAAGCAAUGGCAAGUGCCCAUUCCCACUUUUUUCCCUUUUUCUUAUAAACUGAAUGAUUUGUAUGAUUGGGUUAUAUUGUGUAAUGCUCUGUUAAAACAUAUCUUCUUUGUAUUUCAAUGUGAUUUGGCUCUGGAGUCUAUUUAAACAAAGCUGUAUCAGAACAGCCCGGUUCUGCCCCAGGGGUCUGCAGUAUGCUGCGUUCCUUGAAAGAGUUUUCUUGGCAACGAUUUUUCAUUUACUAUAGUAUUUUCUUGGAGUGUAAUGAGUACACAUUUUCAGAAAUAUACUUUUAAUAACACCUUGUGUUGAAAUGAUUUCCUUGAAUAACCACCUAGUCAUGGCAGUUAGAAUAAUUGCUUAGGAGGCAGCAGUCAUCGUGAGACCCAUGAGAUUGUCUUUCAGCACUAAGUUACAUAUGCUAUGUUGACACAGCCUAGUUACUAGCUAGAACUUUGCUGUGAGUCGUGCUAUUUUAUUAGACAUCUUAAGUUUUUAUUUCCUAGCUGUAAUGAACACUGCCUGAGUAUGCAAUGUACAUUUAGCCUGAUAUGUGCUGUGAGGCAAUGUAAAUAUAUGCAUUUUUGAUGGGAAUGAAAGCAUAACCACACGUGUGCUUUUUGUUGCCUUUCUCAGCAGGUGCCUGUGUGCACUGUGAACACGAAGGAGCUUGUUUGUGUUUAAUAAUUUAACUUUUAAGCUGUUUGGAGAUGGACAAUGUUUUAGGAUAUAACUGCCACUGCGACAUGGCUGUGUGGGAAUGAAGAGGCUCCCCGACCCCUUUCUCAAUCAUAGUGAGGGGUUAAUCAUGACUGCAGAAGUGUGAUGCAUUUUUUUUAAUCUGAUUUUGUUGCAGGAUCUUGUAUGAAUACAUAAACUGACUAGCAAGAUGGCACAUGAAUACCUAAAGCCUUCACUGGUCAUGUAUAGCUUUGUAGAACAGUAUGACAGUGCAAACUAUUGCAGGCCACUUUCCCUUCUGUUAUAUGGACAGCAGGUGGCAGUAUAUGGGAGCAGUACAACACAAAGCCCCUAUCUGUAUCCACAUUAUUUUGUAGAAACAGGUUUCAAAUUGCAAAAGCGCUUUUUCAAAUUCUAAAGUAUUUGGUCAUUUUAAAUAAUGGCAUACCUGUCAUAAACAAAUGGCUAGCUAGUUUUGCUAAAAUUUCUGGUGAGUUUAACUUCAUUUAUUUGGUGUUUGCUGCGUGGUGGUCCUGCUCUGCCCUGCGUUUUUGUGUCUUCUUCUACUGUGGAAUCCGUAAAUAGGAGGGUGUAAAUUAUAGUAAGCAAUUCUGUUUGAAACAACCACAUCUUGUUUUGAAAUUGCUAGUACAAUAUAAAAUUAGGAAAUGGGCAUGUUUUGUUUCUGCUGUCCAUUACUGCAUACAUUUUUAACUUAGAUUCACUAUUUAAUUUUUUUUCCAACUCUAUAAUAAUUCCCCUGUCAGAUUGUCUUUGUAAGGCUGUGACCGUACUGAUAUAUUUUUCCAGGAAUGCCUCUGGAUAAAGACACUUUGCUUUAGCGUAACAGAUUUGGUUCUGGGAACUGUCUCCGGGGAUCUUACUUAGAGCCUCUGUCAGUUCUUUCCCCAUAUAACACGUAAGCAAAAUUUGUAAUAUUAAUAGGAAUCUGCUGGUUUGUUUUUUUUCUGUUUACAGUUAAGUUUCUUUGUGGAAAAACUUUUAGUUCUAGAACUCUUAGACGUCAUACCAGUGCUCUUUUGUACAUGUUUAUGAAAUAAAAAAAAUACUGGUUGAUCUUUAUAAAACAGUUGGCUCUAAACAAAGGUCAGUAGCACAUUGCUAGUGGUAAAUAUAACUCUUAGAAAUGUGCCCGCUAGGAGUCAGGACACAUGGGUUAUGACGGAGGAAAAUAAACAGUACUCAUCUAAUAUUCCAAUUUAUAUCGAACAUGUGCUGAAUGGUAUCCAUUACACGGACCAUGAGUAGUUACUGAAUACCUUGAAAUCUAUUCAAAUUAUUUUUUUAUUGUCAUCGUGGCGUUUUUAUUGGUCAUUAUGUCUGUAUGCAGCUUUUUGCACAGUGAUUAUGCACUACUGCGUGUUGGUAUAGCAUUGAUGUGGCAUCUUAAAGAAACAUCUCCUAGUAAAAGAUACAGAUGACCAGGUCAUAUUGGGGUACAUACACAUUAAGUCUUCAGGAAAAGUAGUUAAAGUACAAUAUCAUAUGGAUAUAGCACAUAAUCUCUCAUGGAAGGGUUAAUACAUACAUUGUGUAUACAAAAUGGCUAGCAAGUAUACUGAAACAUAUGAAGUAGUAGAAUAUUUUGGACCCCACCAAAGAAACUACAGCUGCACAUUUCACUUAGAGGAUAUGCAUACGUCUGCAACGAAUGUUCAUAUGGCUUAGCAGUUAAUGGCUGUAGUGAUACAAAUAUAAUUGCAUUUAAUCUGUUCUUUUGGUAACCGCUUGAAUACUAGUGUAAUUUAUAGUGUAACAUUUCAUCUAGAAAAUCAACCUCUAUUAUAAAGCCUUUUUUUAUUAUUAUUUUGUUUUUUUAGGUAACACCAAAUUGGCCUGUAUGCCCUCUGGAGGAGCUGUAGCUGUUGCUGCUAGUGCUGGAUCAGGAUCCUCUGCUGCAGCUGCUGCUGCUCCUGGUAAGUCAGAUGGAGAUUGAGCAAAUUAUACCAUAAUAAAGUUCAGACAAGUCAACGCCAGGGCAAAUGUAGGUGAGGAGCACAAAUUGUUGGGUGUAAAGGACAGAGCUCAUAGCAGUGAAAUGAGAGCGAGCUUAACUAGAUCUGCAGGAUCCAGAGGUGGGGAUUUCUAGAUUAUAUUUUUCACACAUGUUAAAUAAUUUUGACUAAGGUUUGUUUUCCUGUUUAUCCGAUUAAAUAGGAAAUAAAUAUAUAUUUAUAUUUAAUUUUUUUCCAUGACAAUCAAGGGUUUUGAAUUUAGUUUAAUAAAAAAUUAGAUCAUGAGGAAAGUUUAUCAAAUGCACAGGAUGUCCCUUCUUAAAGGUUGUCAUUGACCUCAAAGCAAAUAUCUAAACUGAUAAAAAAAAAAAUAACUUUUGUUUUAUGCCCAACAGAUUUUUAAAAUCCCUGGCUACACUUAAGUGGCUUUAUCACAAUUCCCACUCAACGGAUAUACGUUUGAUAAAGUAGGAACGAUUUUUCUCAUGAAUUUGCCGGUCUUUAGCAAAAGGUAGAUUUUCUGAAUCUAUUUCCCAUCAGCCGUCUCUUGCAGUGGCUGAUUGGACCAUGUAUUAUCUUGUGCAGUAAAUGCCUGUGGCAUCUUGUGUGUGUCAUGCAAAAGAAUAAGGAUGAUCCUUUAGUCUUGUUGGAUCUUCCAUAGACCCUGUUCGGGACUAACAUGCACAAAUUGACUGGAGUAUGGCAGCACAGAAAAGGUGUAGCUUAAAGGCACACUAUAGUCACCAAAACUAAUAUAGCUUAAUGUAGUUCUGGUGAGUAUAAUCAUUGCCUUCAGGCAUUUUCAUGCAAACCCUGCCUUUUCAGAGAAAAGGCAGUGUUUACAUUUUCCCUAGGGACGCCUCCAGUAGUCACUCCUCUGAUGGCCACUGGAGAUGCUUCCUGGUGCACAGUAGGCAGAACUGCCGCUUUGCAUGGGGACACUGAAUUUUCCUCAGAGAUGCAUUGAUUCAAUGCAUCUCUAUGAAGAAGUGCUGAUGGCGUUUGGCCCCGCCUCGCCAAUUUUAGCCAAUCCAAUGCUCUCCCUAUGGGACAGCAUUGGAUUGGCUAAAUGGUGGGUUUAACACACUAGGGUCAGGAAUACUUGUUUGUGUUCCUGACACUAGUGUCCUUUAAGGGAAGGAUCUCUCCAUGUCUGUAUCCUUGUCAACUACCUCAACACAAGUGGACAGUCAUACAAAAAUGCUAAAUUCCACACAAGUGAAAUCGUUACUAUCAGUAGUGGGGACACUUCCAGUGUUAAGCUGAAAGAUACAUCCAGUCCGGGAACUAUCUACACAUUACACUGGGGUUUUGUAAGGAGUAAUACAAUAGAUGUACUGAUAUCUAUGGUUCUAUUUUGCAGCUGAAGAGAAAAAGGAAGAGAAGAAAGAUGAAUCUGAGGAAUCAGACGAGGACAUGGGAUUUGGCCUUUUUGAUUAA